UUAGAUGAAGUGAAGAACAAGGAUGGGGGAUGUGGUAAAUCGUGUCCCUCUGGUUGGACUGAAUACAACUCCCAGUGUUACAUCUAUGUCAGCACUCAGAGGACAUGGCCCCAAGCUGAGCAAAACUGUCUGUCCCUUGGAGGAAACCUGGUGUCUAUUCACAACGCUGGUGAGAAUGAGGCUGUGAAGAAUGUGGUGUUAAGGGCAACUAAUUCUAACCCCGCGACCUGGAUUGGUGGAUCUGAUGCUUAUGAGAACAGGGUGUGGUUCUGGAGUGAUGGAACCAGAUUCGAUUACCAUAACUGGGCAGGUAGAGAGCCCAAUAAUGCUGGAGGCAGAGAGCCAUGUAUUCAGACUAAUGCUGGAGUUGGAUUGUGGAACGACUUACGCUGUGAAUCGACCUUGCCUUCUGUGUGCAAGCUCAGAGACCUCUAAUUUCAGCAAAGCAUCCACUCAACUGAGUCAAAUAUUACGUUAACACUUUUAUGGUA